GUACAGUAACAUGUCCCAUGUAGAAGUUACUGAGUCUGCACUGUCCCAAAGGCAAAAGCAUUAAGUAACUGAAAUAUAUUGUAACCCUGUCUGUAACCUGGCAGCUACCCAGCAUGCACUGCUCUCAGCCACUCACUCACUGUCAGUUCUAUUCAGUAACAAGUAGAAAGCAGUAAAACUCUGCAGGCAGAUCCACUGAGCUCUGUAAUCCCAUUUCCCUUUAUUCUGGUGCCCACAUGCGGCUGCUCCUGCACUGCCAGCUCUCCUGAUCUGCAUCUGCCCACCAGCAAUAUGGCCGCCUCUCUGGGGCAGGGACAACUCUGAGAGGGAAGCCAUUGUUUGAUUGGUCUGAAACCGAACCAGCUCAUUGGCUAAAGGGCGGAGCUGCCUUCCCAGGGGGAGGGGUGAGAGAUCUUUGUGCUUCUCUCUAGUUUCAGACCGGAUAGAGGGAAAGGCUGAACCCUUCCUGUAACUGCCUUAUUCUGUGUCCCUGGGCUGCUGGGGGGGUACAUGAAGGCGGAACCCAAUUUAGACUCUGCUGAACUGCCCAAACCAGAGACUGACUCGGAGUCCGGCACAAGAGAUGGCGAUUGCUUAACAAGCUCUGAUGGAUCAGGUUUUAUCUGCUAUAAGUGUGGGGAAACCUUCACUGUGAAUAGCCAUCUUCUCGCCCACCUCUGUGGGAAACAACUGAAAAGCUACUCCGGAGAGAAACUAUACAGCUGUACAGAGUGUGGGCAAAGAUUUUCUUUGUUACCGAGUUUGGUUACACACAUAAGAAUCCACGCAGGGGAGAAACCAUUCACCUGUACAGAAUGUUGGAAAACUUUUAAAAGUAAGGACCACCUUCGCAUGCACCAGAAACUUCACAUAGAGCAGCUCCCAGUCACCUGUACGGAAUGUGGGAAAAGCUUUACUUCAAAGAGUAAUCUCAAAACUCACCAAAUGAUUCACAUGGACCCAGUCACCUGUACGGAAUGUGGGAUAAGGUUUACUUCACUCAGAAACCUCAGAAAUCACCAAGCGAUUCACAUGAGAAAGGAGCCAAUCACCUGUACGGAAUGUGGGAAAAGCUUUACUUCAAUAUACAGCCUUCGUGUACAUCACAGAAUUCACACAGGGGAGAAACCAUUCUCCUGUACAAAAUGUAGGAAAUGUUUUUCUCUUAGGAGCAGUCUCCAGAAACAUGAAAUGGCUCACAAAAACAAUCCCUAUGUAUGUAGUGAGUGUGAUAGAAUGUUUCGUGAUAUGGAAAAGCUUCGUUGGCACCAGGCCGUUCAUACGUGUUCCAUAUGUGAAGUAAGUGGGAAAUGUUUUCCUGAGAAGAGCUCUCUUAAAAAUCAUCAGAGAAUUCACACAGGGGAGAAACCAUUCAGCUGCACAGAAUGUGGGAAAACAUUUACAGAAAAGGCAAAACUUGUAGUUCACCAAAGAAUUCACACCGGAGAGAAACCCUUCUUCUGCACAGAAUGUGGGGAAAGUUUUAUUGAAAAGAGAAUCCUUCAAAUCCAUCAAAGAUGUCACACCGGUGAGAAACCAUUCACCUGUACAAAAUGUGGGAAAGGUUUUAAUGAAAAGCGCACUCUUCGCAAACAUGAAAUAAUUCACACGAGGAAGAGACCAUUCACUUGUAAAGAAUGUGGGAAAAGUUUUUCUGCAAAAUCCAUAUUUUACGUACACAAAAAGUAUCAUGCUAAAAAGAAACCAUUCACCUGUACCGAAUGUGGGAAAAGUUUGAAUGAAAAGAGCAGUCUAUGCAAACAUGAAAUAAAUCACACGAGGAAGAGACCAUUCACUUGUAACGAAUGUGGGAAAAGUUUUUCUACAAAAUUCACAUUUUACAUACACAAAAGACUUCAUUGUAAAAUGAAACCAUUCAAAUGUACAGAAUGUGGGAAAUGUUUUACUACAAAAGGAAACCUUAAACUGCACCAGAAAGUUCACACUGAAGAGAAACCAUUCACCUGUAGAGGAGAUGGAAAACAUUUGGCAGAAAUUGGCAGCGUUUGCAAACACGGAAGAAUUCACACCAGGGUGAGACCAUUCACCUGUACAGAUUGUGGGAAAAGUUUUAAUGAAAUGAGAUACCUUCAACGACAUAAAAAAAUUCAUACCGGGGAGAAACCACAUACCUGUACAGAAUGUGGGAAAUGUUUCACUGAUAAGAGAUACCUUCAAGAACAUAUAAGAAUUCACACCGGGGAGAAACCAUAUACGUGUACAGAAUGUGGGAAAUGUUUUACUACAAAGACCGGCCUUAAUAGUCACCAAAGAGUUCACACCGGGGAGAACCCAUAUACCUGUGGGAAAGGUUUUACACUAAAGACCGGCCUUAAACACCACCAACAAGUUCACACCGGAGAGAAACCAUUUACCUGUACUGAAUGUGGGAAAUGUUUUACUACAAAGACUGGCCUUAAACACCACCAACAAGUUCAUACCGGAGAGAAACCAUUUACCUGUACUGAAUGUGGGAAAUGUUUUACACAAAAGACCAGCCUUAAUCAGCACCAAAAACUUCACACUGGGGAGAAACCAUUCACCUGUACUAAAUGUGGGAAAUGUUUUACUAGAAAAUCUCACCUUAAUCGCCACCUUAAGUGUCACCGUUCACCUGUACAGAAUGACGGUUAAGAUUUUCUUUUAAAACCACCCUUUACAAACACCCAGUAGAUGUUUGGGAGAAACCUGGGGGUGUGGGAUAUUAAAAGCACUAGAACAUCACUGGGCUGUAUAAUACUAAUAACAUACACUUCUGGCUAUAAAAUGGUUUCAGUUAUGUUGGGCAAGUGUGACCCCCAACUCUGCACAGUCAGGAGAAAUAUUUAGCCCAUAGAUACCGGGAGGCAGCUGCUGCCAGAGCCGUGUUUCUCAGGCUUAUAGCCUAUUCUGGUGCUGCCCAAUUGUUUCAGGUUAGUGAGCUGAUCAUAUAAUAUAUCUCAGUGCCAAACAGAGUCACACCAAGGGGAUUGUGUACUUGGUAAGCGGGACGGGGGUUAUAAUCCCUUGGGGUGUCACAGGAGCAACAGUUUAAAUUAUUUGUUGAUAUAAAGUGCAGGGGAACCAUGAGGAAGAGGAGGAGAUGCUCAGGGGGAGGAGUCACUGUGCAAUUGCGGAUACACAGCAGGGGCUUCUGGGUACAGGCAGAGAAGCACAAAUAUUAUACUGGGAUUCACACAGUUACUACUGGGGCAAAAUGGGAAUUGCUGGGGGCAAAUGAGCCAGAGAUGUGACCCAAAUGGCAGCGGUUCCUGAUAUCCCUAAUGGGCUGAGGGGAAUGGGACAGUUGGAACGUCAUUCCUCAAGUGUCUUCAGUUUCCCUAAUAAACAUAAAACUCUAACCAUUAACUCCAGGAAAGAAUGAAUGAAAUAAAGGACCAUGGAAACUA